GGUAGCGUAUCGGCGGUUCCUUCUGAACUCUGGACAUGGAGAUAUAUAAAAAUCAUAUCUUAUAACAAAUUUCCAUUUUUAAACCCUCACCAAAUCCUUUCGUAAUCCAAAAAGUGAUUUCUAAUCGUCACCAUUUUUGUUUGCGAUUAAAGAUCGAUUUCAGACGGUGUAAUCCAUCCCUCAUCUUCAGAAUCAGAUUCCUUUCUUCUCGUCCUACUUCUGAAAGCAAUUCACAGGUGCAUAUUUAGAAGAUGGAAGGUAGUAUAGUUAGAAGGGUGAUUCCUUCUGAUAAUAGUUGUCUCUUCAAUGCUGUAGGGUAUGUUAUGGACCAUGAUAAAAAGAAGGCUUCGGAACUGAGACAGGUUAUAGCCGCUACGGUAGCUAGCGAUCCAACAAAAUAUUCUGAAGCAUUCCUUGGGAAACCGAACGAAGAAUAUUGUGCUUGGAUUCUUAAUCCCGAGAAAUGGGGAGGUGCGAUAGAGCUUUCAAUAUUAGCAGAUUAUUACGGUCGUGAAAUUGCAGCAUAUGAUAUCCAAACAACAAGAUGUGACUUGUAUGGACAGGAAAAAAGCUAUCGUGAAAGAGUUAUGUUGAUAUAUGAUGGACUCCAUUACGAUGCUUUGGCCAUGUCUCCGGCCGAUGGAGCUCCUGAAGAGUUCGAUCAGACGGUUUUUGUUGUUAAUCGCGAUAGGACCAUCGGGGCAUAUGAAUCACUUGCUUUAAAUCUUGUAAAGGAUCAACAAAGGAAAAGGAGUUAUACCGACACUGCCAACUUCACAUUGCGCUGCGGGGUGUGCCAAAUUGGUGUCAUUGGUCAAAAGGAAGCUGUAGAACAUGCACAAGCAACAGGGCAUGUCAACUUUCAAGAAUAUAAAUGAAACAAAUAAUCAGGGGAUGUGAUUCUAUUCUAUUGUGUCUGAAACAGUUAAGCUCAAGUAAGUUUGUGUCUGUUUGUUCAUUUGUGACCCAACAUUGUUGUAAAACUUUGUACCAUAUGAACCGGUAUUUUAGACCCGUUUGAUGGCGAAAUUGUGGGCUUUUCUUUACGAUGGUCGAUGUUCGUGUUUUUGUUCA